AUGAUUGACUUCCUCGAGAUUAGUCGUGGAACCUAUGAAAAUCUAACAAUGGUUGAUGGCGACAAACCCACAGUAUCUCAAAAGAAACGCGCACGGGCCGCAGCUCGCGGAGCCUUCCUCGCUCUUGCUAAAGAGACUCGUAAGCGGUAUCGAAGUCUAGUACUCAUGCUAAUCGGCGGGUUCUGCAGCCGCGCUGAUGCAGAGGCAGCUAUAAAGGAGAACGCAUACGAGGACAUAGCGGAAGAGGAUGCACAGAUUACCCUGAACAAAGUCCGACCUAUGUGGCUUCCUAAGCUUCUUCGAAGUCAGGUUCUAGGUGCAGGCGUAGAGAUUGGAAGUCUUCCGAGCUACUCAACAGUUGCAGAUUAG